AUGGCGAUACGAUGCGGUGACGUCAUGCGAGGUCUUACCACUGCAAUGAAACACUCACACGACAUUAUGCUUAUAAAGGAAUGUGCCCAAUUACUAGAAGAAGAGAAACAGUACAGCCACGCCGCAGCCCUAUACGACCAUGCAGGAAACACAGAGAAAGCAGCGUCCCUAUAUAUCAAGCUAAAAUCCUGGCUCAAAGUCGAAGCCCUACUCCCAAAGAUCAAUUCACCCAGCAUACAUAUACAGUACGCAAAAGCGAAGGAAGCUGAAGGGAGAUAUCAAGACGCUUUAAAAUCCUACCUUAAAGCCCAAGACUAUGAAGCAGCGAUCAGAUUGAACUUAGACAAAUUAGAUGAUAUAGACGAAGCAGUCAAUUUAGUUCAAGAAACAAAGUCAAUACAAGGAGCUAAAAUGGUAGCGAAUUACUUCCAAAAUAGCGAUGACCCUACCUCAGCAAUAAAGUUCUUAGUCAUGUCCUUGUGUUACGAUGAAGCGUUUCAACUUGCAAGGAAGAAUGGAAAACUUCAGUUGUAUGGAGAGAUAUUGAUUCAGACGUCGCAAGCAAGGCCGGAGGACUUCAAGAGUUUAGCGUUACAUUUUGAAGGGGAAAAGAAUCAUUUGUUGGCUGGGAAGUUCUAUUUCCAUGCUGGGGAGUAUAAUAAGGCGAUGUCUCAUUUGUUAAGGAGUGGAGGGUCUGAAGAGGAGGAGAAUGAAGCGAUUAGUAUAGCUAUUGAUGCGGCCGCUGCUAGUGAUGAUGAGAGAUUGAGUCGGAGGUUGAUAGAGUUCCUCCUUGGCGAGACUGACGGUACUCCGCGUGAACCACGACACUUGUUCCGAUUGUACAUGGCCAAGAGGCAGUUUGCUGAAGCUGCUAAAACUGCGAUUAUAAUAGCGGGCGCGGAAUGUCGCGCGGGCGCGUACCGCGAGGCGCGUGACGUAGUGCGCGCUAUGUGCGUGUCGCUGCGGGGCUCGCGGAUGCCUGUACCCAGGGACAUGAGGCAUGCCAUCGCAUUGCUGCAUAGCUACAUACUGGUCCGUACCCACGUAAAACGUGGCCGCCACGACUUGGCAGCUAGGCUGCUCUUACGCACCGCGGCUGACGUCACAUUCUUCCCUACACCACAGCAUCAAGUAUCGAUUCUAACAUCGACGGUCAUCGAAUGCAGUCGUGCUGGUUUGAAGCACCAAGCUUUCCAUUGGGCGAGAGUGUUGAUGCAACCUGAAUAUCGGUCACAGAUUGACCCAAAAUACGUGAAAAAGAUAGAGAGCGUAGUCCGUCACGGAGCCCGCGAGCCGGCCGCGCCCGCUGCGACGUCCCCGUGCCCGCAGUGCGGCGCCGACCUGCCCGUCGCAGACCUCACGUGUACGCACUGCGAGGUCGAUGUACCAUUCUGUUUGGCUUCUGGUCUACAUAUCGUGAAGGAUGAUCUGACUGCGUGUCCGGAAUGUGAUUUUCCGGCUAUUCUCACCGAAUUCGUAGAGAUCCUUCAAGAAGAGGGUAAAUGUCCAAUGUGCGGUGAGAACGUAGAUUACCGGCGACUGGUCAAGAUUGACGACGUUGCUGCCUAUAUGGACCUUAGCACCUCGGAAUAG